AUGUUUGUCGCAUGGCCCACUCUCUCAAUCAUUGGUCUACCCAAAUUGGUCGUCUGGUGGAAUAAUGCCAAGUUUGACGCGUUCCGGGCGCUGCUCAUGCGGAUCAUAAAUAACCGUGUCGCCUUACCUAGGGACGCUAAGCAUGAUUUCUACUCUGUUGCAUCCACCGAGGCCAAGAAUAGUAGUGUGCAGCUACCUACCCUAGAGAAUACGAAGGAGCUUUGGGGAGAGGCAACAUUCCUCGUACCAGCAGGUGGAAUGACCACUGCCGGCGUCCUCACAGCCGUUCUCUUUUACCUAUCACGCCAUCCAGCCGCCUAUGCGCGGUUAGCUCACGAGAUUCGGGCCACUUUCCCUAAUGCCGAGUCCAUUAAAAGGGGCCCACUUUUGGCUGGCUGCACCUACCUCCGCGCUGUCAUCGAUGAAUCCCUACGUCUCUCCGUGCCCACCACCUCAAUGCCUUGGCGCGAGGAAGAGAUUCUACCCUCCGUCGGCACCCAAAAUGAGCCCUUCGUUGUUGAUAGUCAUGUCAUUCCCCCUGGCACCAUGGUUGUCGUCAAUACUUACUGUAUAAUGCACAACCCUACCUACUUCCCAAAUCCUUUCACCUUCCAGCCGGAGCGCUGGCUUGACGAGGUGAAUAGCGAAACUUUACGCCUUGCCUUUGUGCCCUUUGGCACCGGCGACGCCAUGUGUCUCGGCAAAGGCAUGGCAUAUCUGGAAACGAGUCUUGUCAUUGCCAAGACGUUAUGGUACUUUGACUUUGCACAGGCAUCGGGGGAGGCUGGAAUGCUUGGAGGUGGACGGUCCCAUGCCAUGGAUAAGGCACGGUCAAAGACAGAUGAGUUCCAGUUGUAUGAUGGAAUUGUCUCGGAUCAUGAUGGGCCAAGCUUGGUGUUUACAAAGAGGGGCACUUUUUAUGAAGAUUUAGAGGAUGUUUGA